UCUCUCUCCUCCGGUCUUCCUUCUUUAGCGCGAGGCGACGGCGACGGCGACGCCAAGCGACACCACCACCUCGCGCGGGCGCAUCCCACCACCACCACCAUGCGGCUCCCCGGCGGCGCACGCCUCGCGCUCCUGCUCGCUCGCCGCCGCGCCCUCCACUCCUCCUCCUCUUCCGCCGCGCCCUCGUACGCGUCCCCCUUCCAUGGAGCGAGAUGGAGCGAUGGGUAUCGUGCGGCGGCGGCGGCUCCCACUUGGAGGUCGCCGUUUUCCUCGCCGAAUAAUAGUGCAAGGCUCUUCCACGGGACGAGGCCGGUGGCGGCGAGGGACUAUUAUGAUGUGCUCGGCGUGAGCAGGAACGCCAGCCAGGGGGAGAUUAAAAAGGCGUAUUAUGCGCUUGCAAAAAAGCUUCAUCCGGAUACAAAUAAAGGCGAUUCUGAUGCAGAGAGGAAGUUUCAAGAGGUUCAGCGAGCUUAUGAGACUUUGAAGGAUGAGCAAAAGAGAUCAUUAUAUGAUCAGGUUGGCCCUGAUCAGUAUGAGAAAGCUUCUGCUGGAGGAGGACCUGGCGGUCCAUUCGAGGGGGGUUUCGGCAAUCCAUUUGAAGAUAUUUUCGGUGGAGGUUCUGGUGGCGGAAUGAAUGACUUCUUUAGAAACAUCUUCAGAGAGAGAGAAUUUGGCGGACAUGAUGCCAAGGUAGCACUUGAAAUAUCAUUUAUGGAAGCAGUUCAAGGGUGCACAAAGACGAUCAAUUUUCAGACUGCUGUUACGUGUGACACCUGCAAGGGAGCUGGCAUACCCCCUGGAACCAAACCUGAGACUUGCCUAGCCUGCAGGGGUUCAGGAUUUAUCUUCAUGCAAACUGGUCCCUUCAGGAUGCAAUCGACAUGCACACAGUGUGGUGGUAGUGGGAAGACUGUGAAGGAAUUUUGCAAGUCAUGCAGAGGAAGGAAAGUUGUGCCAGGAACAAAAACCGUCCGACUCGACAUAGUGCCUGGUACGGAUGAUGGUGAUGUUAUAAAGUUGGUUAGAUCUGGUGGAGCAGACCCAGAUGGUGGUAGUCCUGGUGAUCUUUAUGUAACAUUGAAGGUUCGUGAGGAUCCAGUAUUCCGAAGAGAGAAAGGUGAUAUUCACGUAGAUGCUGUAUUGAAUGUGACUCAGGCAAUUUUGGGCGGGACAGUUCAGGUUCCAACUCUCACUGGAGAGGUUGUUCUAAAGGUCAAACCUGGUACUCAGCCUGGCCAAAAGGUUGUUCUGAGAGGAAAAGGAAUCAAGACAAGAAAUUCAUCGUACUAUGGAGACCAGUAUGUCCAUUUCAAUGUCAAUAUCCCUGCGAAUUUGACACCGAGGCAGCGCAUGCUGAUUGAGGAGUUCGCGAAGGAAGAGCAAGCGGAAGAAGAGAAAGACGCGAAGGCAGCUGGGGCAUCAGGAUAGAUGAUUUUAGGAGUGACCCACAUUUCAUUAGUGCUUUAGUCUCGUCAUAUAUCGCGAGAAUUAGAAUAGGCUGCUGCCUGAAAUUUGCAGGGGCAAGAUAUAGUUUGGUUGGAUGCAUGGAAUUUUACAUGCCAAGAUAUAGCAGUUUCAAAAUUUUGUAGCUGGGAAUAAUAUACAACACGCCGCCUGAUGCUGCAAUCUCCUAAUGUCAUUAGUAUCAGUGUGAUAGGCGGCAGGAUCCUGUACUGUAUAAUUAUGUGUUACAAAUGUAUGGAACCCACGGUACCAAUGUC